AUGGAAACUCACUUAUGGGAAUUGUCAUCAGGACCAAAGAUAUGGACCAAAGAUAGACCAAAUCAAGUAAAUGUUUCUAUCUGUCUUUCUCUUUAUUUUAGUUGGAAUGGACCAAUUUUGUGGAAAGGGUACAAAAAGCGCCUGGAGUUGUCAGACAUAUACCAAAUCUCUUCAGCUGAUUCUGCUGACAAUCUCUCUGAAAUAUUAGAAAGAGAAUGGGACAGAGAGCUGGCAUCAAAGAAAAAUCCCAAACUCAUUAAUGCCCUCCGGCGAUGCUUUUUCUGGAGAUUUAUGUUCUAUGGAAUCUUAUUAUAUUUAGGGGAGGUCACCAAAGCAGUCCAGCCUCUUUUACUGGGAAGAAUCAUAGCUUCCUAUGAUCCAGAUAAUAAGGUGGAACGCUCCAUUGCGAUUUACCUGGGCAUAGGGUUAUGCCUUCUUUUUAUCCUGAGGACGCUGCUCCUGCACCCAGCCAUUUUUGGCCUUCAUCACAUUGGAAUGCAAAUGAGGAUAGCUUUGUUUAGUUUGAUUUAUAAGAAGACUUUAAAGCUGUCAAGCCGUGUUCUAGAUAAAAUCAGUAUUGGACAACUUGUCAGUCUCCUUUCCAAUAACCUGAACAAAUUUGAUGAAGGACUUGCACUGGCACAUUUCGUGUGGAUCGCGCCUUUACAAGUGACGCUCCUGAUGGGGCUGCUUUGGGAACUGUUACAGGCCUCCGCCUUCUGUGGACUUGCUUUCCUCAUAGUCCUCUCCAUUUUCCAAGCUUUCCUAGGCAGAAUGAUGAUGAAGUACAGAGAUCAGAGAGCUGGGAAAAUCAAUGAAAGACUCGUGAUCACCUCAGAAAUUAUUGAAAAUAUCCAAUCUGUUAAGGCUUACUGCUGGGAGGAAGCCAUGGAAAAAAUGAUUGAAAACCUAAGGCAAUCAGAACUGAAACUGACCCGGAAGGCAGCCUACGUGAGAUACUUCAAUAGCUCAGCCUUCUUCUUCUCAGGGUUCUUUGUGGUGUUUUUGUCUGUGCUUCCCUAUGCAUAUAAAGGAGUCGUUCUUCGAAAAAUAUUCACGACCAUCUCUUUCUGCAUCGUUCUGCGCAUGGCAAUCACUCGGCAAUUUCCCUGGGCUGUACAGACAUGGUAUGACUCUCUUGGAGCAAUAAACAAAAUACAGGAUUUCUUACAAAAGCAAGAGUACAAGACAUUGGAAUAUAACUUAACAACUACAGAAGUAGUGAUGGAGAAUGUAACAGCUUUCUGGGAAGAGGGAUUUGGGGAAUUAUUUGAGAAUGCAAAACAAAACAAUAAUACUACAAACAUCUGCAAUGGCGAUAACAGCAUCAUCUUCAGUAACAUCGCACUUCUUGGUACUCCUGUCCUGAAAGAUAUCAAUUUCAAGAUAGAAAGAGGACAGUUGUUGGCAGUUGCUGGAUCUACUGGAGCAGGCAAGACCUCACUUUUGAUGAUGAUUAUGGGAGAACUGGAGCCUUCUGAGGGUAAAAUUAAGCACAGUGGAAGAAUUUCAUUCUGCUCUCAGUUUUCAUGGAUCAUGCCUGGCACCAUUAAAGAAAACAUUAUCUUUGGUGUUUCUUACGAUGAGUAUAGAUAUAGGAGUGUCAUCAAAGCAUGCCAACUAGAAGAGGACAUCUCCAAGUUUGCAGAGAAAGACAAUGUAGUUCUUGGAGAAGGUGGAAUCACACUGAGUGGAGGGCAGCGAGCAAGAAUCUCCUUGGCAAGAGCAGUAUACAAAGAUGCUGACUUGUACCUAUUAGACUCUCCUUUUGGGUACCUAGAUGUUUUAACAGAAAAAGAAAUCUUUGAAAGCUGUGUCUGUAAGUUGAUGGCUAACAAAACUAGGAUUUUGGUCACUUCUAAAAUGGAACAUUUAAAGAAAGCUGACAAAAUAUUAAUUCUUCAUGAAGGUAGCAGCUAUUUUUAUGGGACGUUUUCUGAAUUACAAAGUCUACGGCCUGACUUCAGUUCAAAGCUCAUGGGAUAUGAUUAUUUUGACCAGUUUAGUGCAGAGAGAAGAAAUUCAAUCCUAACGGAGACUUUACGGCGUUUCUCACUAGAAGGAGAUGCUGCCAUCCCCAGGAAUGAAACCAAAAAACAGUCUUUUAAACAGACUGGAGAGUUUGGUGAAAAUAGGAAGAACUCUAUUCUCAAUCCAAUCAGCUCCUUUAGAAAGUUUUCCAUUGCACAGAAGACUCCAUUACAAAUGAAUGGCAUAGAAGAAGAUUCGGAAGCGCCUUCAGAGAGAAGGCUGUCCUUAGUUCCGGACUCCGAGCAGGGGGAGGCCAUCCUGCCUCGCAGCAAUGUGAUGAACACUGGUCCCACCUUUCAGCGGCGACGGAGGCAGUCCGUUCUGAACCUGAUGACACGCUCCUCAGUGAACCAAGGUCAAAGCAUUCACCGAGCCCCAGCAGCAUCCACACGAAAAAUGUCCCUGGCCCCUCAGGGGAACUUAACUGAAAUGGAUAUAUAUUCAAGGCGUUUAUCUCAAGAUAGUGGCUUGGAAAUGAGUGAAGAAAUUAAUGAAGAAGAUUUAAAGGAGUGCUUUUUUGAUGAUGUGGAGGGCAUACCAACAGUGACUACAUGGAACACAUACCUCAGAUAUAUUACUGUCCACAAGAGCUUAGUUUUUGUGCUAAUUUGGUGCUUCAUUAUUUUUCUGGCUGAGGUGGCUGUUUCUUUGGCUGUGUUGUGGAUAGUUAAAGAAACACCUCCUCCAGACAAAGGGAAUAGUACUGCAAGUACAAAUAACAGCCAUCCAGUGAUCUUCACCAGUACCAGCGCAUUUUAUGUUUUUUACAUUUAUGUGGGAGUAGCCGACAGUUUGCUUGCCCUGGGAUUCUCCCGAGGUUUACCACUAGUGCAUUCUCUAAUCACAGUGUCGAAAAUUUUACACCACAAAAUGUUACAUUCUGUUCUUCAUGCGCCUAUGUCAACCCUCAACACGUUGAAAGCAGGUGGAAUUCUUAAUAGAUUUUCCAAAGAUAUAGCAAUUUUGGAUGAUCUUCUGCCUCUUACCAUAUUUGACUUCAUCCAGCUGGUAUUAAUUGUGAUUGGAGCUGUAGCAGUGGUCUCAGUUUUAAGGCCCUACAUCCUCUUAGCAACAGUGCCAGUUAUCGCUGCUUUUAUUGCAUUGCGAUACUACUUUCUCCACACCUCCCAGCAGCUCAAGCAACUGGAAUCUGAAGGCAGGAGCCCAAUUUUCACUCAUCUGGUCACGAGCCUUAAAGGACUAUGGACACUUCGUGCCUUUGGACGUCAGCCUUACUUUGAAACACUGUUCCACAAAGCUCUGAAUUUACAUACUGCCAACUGGUUCAUGUACCUGUCAACGCUGCGCUGGUUCCAGAUGAGAAUAGAAAUAAUUUUUGUCUUCUUCUUCAUUGCUGUUACCUUCAUUUCCAUUUUAACAACAGGUGAUGGAGAAGGAGAGGUAGGUAUCAUUCUAACAUUAGCCAUGAAUAUCAUGAGUACGCUGCAGUGGGCUGUAAACUCCAGCAUAGAUGUGGAUAGUUUGAUGCGAUCUGUGAGCCGCGUCUUUAAGUUUAUAGACAUGCCAACAGAAGAAAGUAUAUCCACCAAAUCAAGAAAACCAUCCAAGGAUGGACAACUCUCGGAAGUUAUGAUUAUUGAGAAUCAGCAUGCGAAGAAAGAUGACAUCUGGCCCUCAGGGGGCCAAAUGAUCGUCAAAGACCUCACAGCAAAAUACAUAGACAGCGGGAAUGCCAUAUUGGAGAACAUUUCCUUCUCCAUAAGUCCUGGCCAGAGGAAAGUAUUUAUCUUCUCUGGAACAUUUAGAAAAAACUUGGAUCCCUAUGAACAGUGGAAUGAUGAAGAAAUAUGGAAAGUUGCCGAUCAGGUUGGACUCAGAUCUGUGAUAGAGCAAUUUCCUGGGAAGCUUGAUUUUGUCCUUUUGGAUGGGGGUUUUGUCCUAAGCCAUGGCCACAAGCAGUUGAUGUGCUUGGCCAGGUCUGUUCUCAGUAAGGCGAAGAUCUUGCUGCUGGAUGAACCCAGUGCUCAUCUGGAUCCAAUAACAUAUCAAAUCAUUCGAAGAACCCUAAAACAAGCAUUUGCUAAUUGCACAGUGAUCCUCUGUGAACACAGGAUAGAAGCAAUGUUGGAAUGUCAACGAUUUUUGGUCAUAGAGGAGAACCAAGUGCGGCAGUACGACUCCAUCCAAAGACUGCUGAGCGAGAAGAGCCUCUUCCAUCAGGCCAUAAGCUCCUCGGACCGCCUGAAGCUCCUCCCCCAUCGGAACUCCAGCAAGCACAAGCCCCAAUCCAAAAUCACUGCUCUGCAGGAGGAGACCGAAGAAGAGGUGCAAGAAACCAGGCUGUAGGAAGCAGUACCCGUGUUUGCAUGGAGCGCUCACACCUGGACAUGUAGGAGAAAACAGUUUAUGCCCCAGGAAAAAGGAUGAGUAAUGCUAUUUUUUAAAAGGAGAUGUUUCAGUAAGAGGAAUUAAGGACGUUCACUUAGGUCUGGAUAAGUGGCUUCCCGGCAAUGGUCCAAUUGUGUGACAGGUACUUCACAUCCUUGAAGAUUUACCACUUACGUUUGCAGCCAGAUUUUCCUGAAAACCUUUUCCUUUCGUUAGUCAUUGGAAAGGUGGCUGUACAUGUCAGCCAGCUUAAUUGUUCCACUUACUGUUCAGUGAAAUUUAUUGAUUUGUAUUAUUGGAGAACUGUAAUCAUACUAUUUAGAUGCAGUGGUUCUCAACCUUCUGGCCCUUUAAAUAUAGUUCCUCAUGUUGUGACCCAACCAUAAAAUU